AUGGCUGAUGUCACUUCACUUCAGGAGGCUGUUAUUGAUGACCGGCAGGUCCCUCAACCAUCUGAUGACCCUUAUCUUGAUAUUUUGCAAAAUAUCUUUCACCAUCAAAAUUUCAGGGGCAUACAGAGGGAUGCUAUAGAAUGUAUUGCCUUGGAUAAAGAUGCCUUAGUCGUAAUUCCUACUGGCGGGGGAAAAUCUAGCUGCUACUGGAUUCCAGGCAUGGCCAUGUCGGGAGUAACUGUGGUUAUUACACCACUUAUGGCAUUGCAAAGUGAUCAGGUUAACAAAUUAAGGAACUAUGGAAUAAACGUUUGCAGUGUGAAUUCAAGUAUGCCAGCAGAAGAAAGAGAAAUUGUAUUCCAUAGUCUGUCUCAACCCGAAACGACGUUCAAAUUUUUUUACCUCACACCUGAAUUCGCCCUAUCUCCACCUGCUAUGGCAUGUUUUAAGUCAAUGGUAGAAAAUAAAUCACUAUUGCGAUUCAUCGUUGACGAAGCUCACUGCGUUGAUAUGUGGGGACAAAACUUUCGACCAUCUUAUGGUGAGCUAGGGAAUUUAAAGCAGUUUGGCAGACCAAUUGCUGCAUUUACAGGAACUGCAACGAAUCUAACAAAAGAGAAGAUUGUGAAAAAUUUAGGGUUAGAUGAGGCUGUGGUUAUUCAAUCAACAUGUAAUCGGAGUAAUUUGAUAUUCAACGUUGUUUCUAAAAGCGGACCACACGCAAAAGAAGAUGUGGUAAAAUAUGUUCAAGAUAAUUAUCGUGAUUCUUGUGGCAUUGUGUAUUGUUCUACAACAAAGGAUACUGUUGAGUUGGCCUAUAUAUUUAAGUCAAAGGGCCUGUCAGCCGUUUACUAUCAUGGCAAACUAGAUUUUUUUGAAAAAAAUGACAAUGCUAAAGCUUGGCUGUCAGGAAAAGCGUCAGUUAUGUGUGCGACCAGUGCAUUUGGAAUGGGCAUCGAUAAGCCAAAUGUCCGUUUUGUUGUCCAUCUUAGUUUGCCAAAAUCACUUGAAGAAUAUUAUCAAGAGGCAGGGAGGGCUGGCCGUGAUGGAACAAAGUCACACUGUACGCUCAUGUAUCGCUUUGAAGACAGGAACAAGCUAAUCCAGUUGAUUUCUAAAUCCUCGAGUGAAGAACACUUGGAAUUCCAAAUGACUUCUCUUAACAAGGUUGUAUCAUAUUGUAUGUCACAUGUAUGCAGACGAAAGCUAUUAAUGGAAUAUUUUGACGACGAGACAGAAGCCAACUGUAAUGGAACCUGUGACAAUUGUUCGAAAACGCCACCAGCUAUUAAGGAUUACACGAAUGAAUCGAUCAAUGUGUGCCAUUGCGUCGAAGAAAUGCUAGCAGUGAAUGCGAAGAUUAAUGUCAAGCAGGUGGCACUCGCUUUUAAAGGCUCGAAAUCAAAACGUGACAUAGAAAGCAAAGGUUUUCACGUCAUUUCCCAUUAUGGUUCAGGGAGAAAUGUUUUCAACAAUGAUGCAGACGCUAUUAAAUUUGUGCAACACCUCAUCGUACAUGAAGUGUUGUUGGAGAAUAUCCGUGCAGUAGAUGAUAGAUUUACAACGCCAUAUAUUACACUGGGGAAAAAGGCACAAUCAUUAAUAAACAGAGAAAUAUGUGUGUUCUUAAUGAUAUAA